AUGAGCCUUCUCAACAAGCCCAAGAGUGAGAUGACCCCGGAGGAGCUGCAGAAGCGGGAGGAGGAAGAGUUUACCUCGGGCCCACGCUCUGGGCUCACGCAGUCAGUCAAGAACAACACCCAGGUGCUCAUCAACUGUCGCAACAACAAGAAGCUCCUGGGCUGCGUGAAGGCUUUUGACAGGCAUUGCAACAUGGUGUUGGAGAAUGUGAAGGAGAUGUGGACCGAGGUCCCCAAGAGUGGUAAGGGCAAGAAGUCCAAGCCAGUCAACAAGGACCGCUACAUCUCCAAGAUGUUCCUGCGCGGGGACUCGGUCAUCGUGGUCCUGCGGAACCCCCUCAUCGCUGGCAAGUAG